UCCACUUUGCCUGUGUCCUUCUUACUUUGUUCCUUUCUCUUCUCCUUCUGACAGAACAAUCUAAUUCACAAUGACUUGGUCCAAGCCUGUUGUGGGAGCUCUCGUGCUAUGCUCUGCUCUGGCAGCUGCGGCUCCGACUAACCCCGGUGCCGCCUUUACGAUGGAGCAAGUGGCCAUUCCCAAGAGAGCCCGUUCAGGAGCUCAGGAGUAUGCUCGGGCUUUGGCCAAGUAUAAGGCAACUGUGCCUGCAUCAGUGGCAGCUGCCGCUGAAAGUGGAACUGCCACUAACAACCCCAGUUCUGGGGAUGAAGAAUAUGUCGUCCAGGUGACGGUGGGUGGUAGCAAGUUGAAUCUGGAUUUCGACACUGGGUCUGCUGAUCUCUGGGUGUUCUCCACUGAAACUCCAUCUUCCGAGAGUACGGGCCACAAUAUCUAUAAGCCUAGUUCCUCGGCCGAGAAGCUUAGCGGCUACACCUGGAGCAUCUCCUACGGAGAUGGAAGCUCUGCCAGUGGAAAUGUUUACCAGGAUAGUGUCACUGUUGGAGGUGUUACUGCCACCAAGCAGGCUGUCGAGGCGGCUGAGACCGUCAGUUCCGAAUUUACUGAGGACACCAGCAAUGAUGGGCUGCUGGGACUAGCGUUUAGCAGCAUUAACACUGUCGAACCGACGGCCCAAAUUACGUUUUUCGAUACUGUUAAAACCCAACUUGCCUCGCCGCUCUUUGCUGUGACUCUUAAACAUGAUGCUCCCGGCUACUACGACUUUGGGUUUAUCGACUCCAGCCGCUAUACGGGCAACCUAGUCUACACAGAGGUGGACAAUAGCGACGGGUUUUGGUCUUUCACUUCUGACAGCUAUAGCAUAGGAGGUGAGCAUGCAGGCAGUGGUCUUACUGGAAUCGCCGAUACAGGAACCACUUUGCUCCUGCUCGAUGACAGUGUUGUCUCUGCCUACUAUGCCCAGGUGUCUGGGUCUGAGGAUAGCUCUAGCAAUGGUGGCUAUACGUUCCCUUGCACUGCUGAUCUUCCAGACUUCUCCAUUACUAUCUCCGGCUACGAAGCUGUUGUUCCUGGGAAGUAUAUCAACUUUGAAGCAACUGAUUCAUCUAAUAAGACUUGCUUUGGCGGUAUCCAGUCCAAUUCCGGAAUCGGGUUUUCCAUCUUUGGCGAUGUGUUCCUUAAGAGUCAAUAUAUUGUCUUUGAUUCUAGUGUCCCCCAGCUAGGCUUUGCUGCCCAAUCCUAGAUAGAAACUGCUUAAAGAAAGACUCGAUACGUCUUUCGAGCUGGAUUACCAGGCCGUUUUCUGGUUGUUACAGUGGUUUUUGGAACUGAUAUAUGACAAAUCCUGAUGUUGCCUAAAUCAUCACAGUCUCAAGCAUUCAAUCUAUGAGAUAUUGUCC